UUGUGCCCGAGCUACCGCCGGCUGGGACGGGCACCGGGAACCGGGACCGACACCGGGUACCGGGGCCUGUGGGUGCCUCGAUGACCCUGAACACGCAGCACGGGAGCAAGGCUCCUCUAAGGAGGAGAGCCAGCACCCCUCUGCCGCGGCCGGGGGGGCUGGAUGCUACCCCCCAAGGCGAGCCCGGGCACCCCCAGCUCGGUCACACCGCGGCCCGGCCCGGGGCCAGGGCGGCGGCACCCCGGGGCAGUUGGUCCUCGGAGUCCUCGGUCUCCUCUGGCUGCUUGGAGCCCCGGUACCGAGUGGUGCUGCUGGGUGACCCCGGCGUGGGCAAGACCAGCCUGGCCAACGUCUUCGCUGGCGUCCAGGAGCGGGACCUGCUGGAGCAGCACGGAGGGGCCAUGUACGAGCGCACCCUGGCCGUGGACGGCGAGGAGACCACGCUGCUGGUGAUGGACGCCUGGGAGCCGGAGCAGCGGGGCGAGGAGAGCCGGCGGCGCCGCCGGUGCCUGCAGGUGGGGGACGCCUACGUCCUGGUCUACUCCGUUACCGACCGCGGCAGCUUCGAGAGCGCCUCGGAGCUGCGCAUCCAGCUGCGCCGCGCCCGGCAGGCGGAGGACAUCCCAAUCAUCCUGGUGGGCAACAAAACCGACCUGGUGCGGUGCCGAGAGGUCUCCCUCGAAGAGGGCCGUGCCUGCGCCGUGGUGUUCGACUGCAAGUUCAUCGAGACGUCGGCGGCUCUGCAGCACAACGUGGCCGAGCUCUUCGAGGGGGUGGUGCGGCAGAUCCGCCUGCGCCGAGGCGCCAAGGAGGCUCCCAAGCACCCCGCGGCUGGCCAGAAGCGCAAGGAGAGCCUCACCAAGAGGGCUCGGCGCUUCCUCGACAGGCUGGUGGCCAGGAACAGCAGCAAAGUGACCCUGAAAGCCCGCUCCAAAUCCUGCCACGACCUGUCCGUGCUCUGAGAGCUGUCACCUUCCCGUCCCUCCACAAGCCACUGCCCGGUGGCUCCACGGAGAGCCCAGGCAGGGCUGGAGCCGUGCUGAGGACAUGGAGAUUUGUGGUCUGGUGCUGAGGGAUGCCCGGGGGGGAGGGACUCCAGAUCCAGCUGCUUCCCCUCCAGGAGAGGGGAUGGUCUCCUGGGGUGCACCCAUGGAGCAGAGGGUGGGAUGGGCACCUGCACGUGGGGUGGUGGACCCCUGGGUGACAGGUGAUAGAGUUCUAGAAUGGUUUGGGUUGGAAGGGACCUUAAAGAUCACCUGGGGCCAACUCUCUGCCGUGGGCAGGGACACCUCCCACUAGACCAAGCUGCCCAAAGCCUGAUCCAACCUGGCCCUGGAACACCUUCAGGAAUGAGGCAUCCACAGCUUCUCUGGACAACUCAUUCCAGUGUCUCACCACCCUCACCACAGAUGGUCCUGUGGAGCUGCAGGCGAGGGGUGGCUGUGCCCUGGUGCAGGGCUGGGGGCAGCUGGGAGUGUGGCAGCUCCUGCCCGUGGUGCCUGUCCUUUGUGGGGCAGCAGGGACCAGCGAGGGCACAGUGGCAGUGUCCACCUCUUGGACAUCCUGGCUGGGGAGAGGGGUUGGGAGAGCACCGGCAGCAUCACCUGGCACCUCUGUGCCAGGGUUUUGUGGCAUGUCUCCCUGGCACUGGUGUUUCUCAGGCUGAGGUUUAUCUGUCCUGGUGCGAUGGACUUGCAGAGUAAACCAGAGCAGAGAGGUACUGCUCUCUGCAGAGUCCCUGCCCUGCCUGGGGAGUCACAUUCCAGAGCCAUGUGGCCAGAUGCCUUGGAUGUGGCUGGGCAGAGGACCUGCCUGCUGCUCCGGCGUGGCCUUGGUGGGCUCCAUCUCCACCAGCUGAACCAUCUCAGAGCAGGGAGAACCUCUGCCCAAGGAGUGGAGGUCUCAGCUCCUCGCCCCACAUCCACAGCAUUGUCCCCUGCCGUGAAAGAAGGUCCCAGCCCCUCUGCACCUCCCAGCUGCCUCUCGAAGGGUGUCUGGGAAGGGCUCUUUGGCACCGUGGGAGCUGCAUCUUGGGCAGAGAGCUGGGCACUUUGGUGGCUCCUGCCGGCCCGGGCAGCGUGGCACUGCCAGGAAGCGACGUGCUUGGCUGCAGCAAGCAGCAAGUGACCUCGGGCACCCGGGCAGUGAUGCUGGAGCCGUGUGGGCUCCAGUGGUUGUUUUUGGGCCAUGCUGCCAGGGAGCAGCCAGGAUGCCGCGGGGGAUCCUGCCUGGUGCCAGGGAGGAUCAGCCCUGGGUCAGGUCGGGAGUUUCCGCUCGCUCUGCAGCUGGAGCCUGGGGAGAUGCUUGGCCGUGGCCAGCAUGGUGCAGCCAGAGAGGGGUCACCAGCACAGAGGGGACACGAGGAGGACAUGGACCUGCUGGAGUGGGUCCAGAGGAGGCCAUGAAGACGCUCAGGGGCUGGAGAAGCUCUGCUGUGAGGCCAGGCUAAGGGAGCUGGGGGCGUGCAGCCUGCAGGAGAGAGGGCUCCAGGCAGCCCUUAGAGCUGCAUUUCAGCGUCUGCAGGGGAGCCACAGGCAG